GACCGCUACGCCCGCCCAAUGAUGCUUCGCGCUCUUGGCUUUCCGCGUUCUCCUUCUCGCUGGGCGCGGGCCCAGACGCUCCGAUGCUGCCUCAUCAGCCCAGUCCGGGAAAGAAGGGGUCUCGCCAGCCGCGCCAUCAUGCCAGUGCCUCUGUCCUAUGCCAUUUUUGAUGGACCCUCACCAGAUCCUCCACUUGUUUUCCUGCAUGGGCUAUUUGGAAGCAAAUCCAAUUUUUCAUCCCUUGCCAAAAAGUUGGUGCUCCAGACUGGUCGCAAGGUGCUGACAGUAGAUGCCCGCAACCAUGGGGAUAGCUCCCACAGCCCCAUCAUGACUUACGAAGCAAUGAGUGCUGACAUCCAUCUCUUUCUGCACCAGCUGCAUCUCAGUAGGUGUGUCUUAAUUGGCCACAGCAUGGGCGGCAAGACAGCCAUGGUAUUCACACUACAAUGGCCAGAGCUGGUGGAGCGCUUAGUGUGUGUUGAUAUCAGUCCUAGCCAAACGAAAGAUAUCAGUGGUUUUCAGGAUUUCAUUGCUGCCAUGAGAGCAGUGGAUAUCCCUAGAGGUAUUCCUCGUUCCACUGCACGCCGUCUGGCCGAAGAACAACUGCGCCCAACUAUUCAGGAGCCAACCAUCCUCUACUUUCUACUCACCAAUCUAGUGAAUUCUGAGGACCAGUUUGUAUGGCGUGUGAAUCUAGAGGCCAUUUCGCAGCACCUGAACGAACUCAUGAGUUUCCCUGACUUCCAGACAUCUUAUCUAGGGCCUACUCUCUUUCUUGGGGGUUCCAAAUCUGGCUAUAUUAGCUCCCAUAACUACCCUGAGAUCAAACGGCUCUUCCCUGAUGCUGAAGUCCAGCAUGUUCCUGAUGCAGGGCACUGGGUUCAUGCGGAUCAACCCCAAAAAUUCAUCACUGCCAUUUGCAACUUCCUUGCACUCCAUCCGAUCUAGUAUUUCUAAACGGAUCCUCACAAAAUAUCCUCUCAAUAUUGGAGGAAUAGGAGUUUUCGCAUUGAUCUGAAUGCCUUUUGCUGAAUGGUCAGUUGGAUAACUACUAUUCUCCAGCUGGUUUUUCACCAUUUUUGUAGUCCCUGCUGUCAUUAUCCUGGAAGUCCUGAGUCCUUGGUACGAAUUGGCAAUCAGAACCGUGCAGUGGCUGGAAUGCCACCUACUCCAUAUAUCUCCUUCUUUGUACAGUAUUUAAUAUUAAAUAAAAUAGUGUUUGGUUUUAGUUUUAAAUAAGCAAUCAAAGCCUUGCCAAGGAACCAGAAAUAAGUAGAACAGCUCAUGUUGUUUCCAGAGAGAGAGAGAAGAGGAGGAGGAAGCAGCAGCAGCAGCAGCAGCAACAUCUCCAGCCUCCUAAAGAAAUGGAGGCAGUUUAUGGACAUAGUGCUGUAUGUAGCUCUUGGCCUAAUUUCUAAAGCUCCAUAUAAGUGAUCCAUUCAGCGCUUCGAUCAAAUUGCCAGUCCCUUCCCUGGUGAUCUAAUGCCUGGAAGAGGUAGAAGUGGGAGUCAGAGAAUGAAAGAAAAGAGGGAUGUCAGAAAAAAGGAGUGUCAGAAAGCAGAACUGUCUGGUCUCACCCACUUUUGGCUGUGGCUCAAUCAACCACUCGCUCCAGCUCUGCCAAUUAUUCAACCCAGACUCCAGGAGGUUACUCUUAAUGGAAUAUGUCUUCAACAGAGAGGUUUCCCACCUCUGACCUAAGUGAGCAAAUAGAUAUUGAGACCCUAGGAAUCUUAUCCAUUUAUUCAACUAGAUAGCAUCUGCUAAAUAAGAUAAUCCUCUCCUGGUUAACAGAAUUCUGGUCUAUGUACAUAUCUUUAGUUAUGUAUUAUUUAUUAAUUUAUUUAAUAUCCUACCAAAAAACGUUACUUCAAAUAUUGACAAACACCACACUGACAACUCAUUGCUCCAGGUGAGGUAUAGAUUUCACCCUCCAGUGUUUCAUAAUGGUUCAACCAGCCCCCAAUCCAUAGUUCUUGAUGUCUUGAUAACACUAGACAUAUAAUCAAGAAGGAGAUAGGCGUCUUUAGACAAUACUCCUUUAAAGGUGAUUGAUCCAAAGUAAUAACAAUCCAGUCAUAACCAACUCUUUAGGUUACUGCUGGUCCUUGAAGGUGAAAGAAAGAAAAAUUUCAGCUAUACACCUUUGCUAUUGUUUGGAUUAUUCACAGGCUUUUAAAUAGUGAAUUAUUUACUUAAUGCCUAUUUUUGUACUUGCUGUAACCCAGGACCACUUUUGAAAGAAGGAGAAAUCUAAACUAAUCCACGGCAAGGAAUUUGUGAGCAAUCUGCACACUCAGUAUUUGUGAUAUUCCAAAUAAUGGGAAAGAAAGGACUUCUAAGGAUUAUAGUGGUUUGGGUAAUGACACAUAAAAUUAUAGCAACUUUC